AUGUCAAAAAUAACGAAGAAAACAAGCAAGAGUGCAAAUGAAAAAAAAGAGAUUAAGGAGAGUGAGUCUGGAAGUGAGACUACAUCAUGUGAUGAGAGUGUUGAGGAAGAGUCUGGAUCUGAUAGUGUUGAGGAAGAAAGUGGAAGCGACGAUGGCACGGCAAGCACUCAGGAUACUGAGAGUGGAAGCGAAGCAGAGGAAAGCAAGAGGGAGGAUAAUCCGGCACUGACUAUAUUUAUGAAAGGCAUCAGCUAUGAUCUGACUGAGUAUGAUCUGAAGACUGAAAUGGAGAAGAUUGGAACUGUAGUGCGAGUGGGGAUUCCGAUGACUGGCGAUCAAAAGAGAAACAAGGGAUUUGGAUAUAUUGAGUUCAGUAACGAGGAUGAAGUUAAGAAGGCAUUGAAGCUUGAUAGAACAGUUGUUCUUGGAAGAGAGGUUGUGGUGAAUAUGGCACAGCCAAGGUCUGGGCCAAAGCAGAAGUAUAGCGUAUAUGUGUCUAACAUACCUUUUGAAAGCGACAGGAAGAAGCUGAAGGAGUACUUUGAGAGCAUGGGCCAGGUUGUUGGAGUAUCUUUUCCAUAUGAUGUUGAGAAUGACAGACUGAAGGGAUUUGGUUUUAUUGAUUUUGGCAACAAGGAGGACUAUGAGAAAGUGCUGAACAAGCCCAAGUUAGUGUUUGACGAUUGCAACCUUUAUCACAAGCCAGCAAAUUCAUCUCGUGGACCGAAGAACAACGACUACAACAGAGGCAACAGAGGCAACAGAGGCAACAGGGGAAGCAAUGAAUCCUGGGGAUCAAGAUCAAAGUCGAACAACAAGAAGCAUUGGCUUGAUGGGCAGAAUAAGAGCAACAAGAAGGUGAGGUUUGAUGAUUCUGAUAGCGAAUAA